AUGACAAAAUAGAAUUUUCAUUGCUCUAUGGGGCUGUGAUGAUAUUUUCUAACCCAAGUAGGUUGUAAAUGUUGCUAAAUUUUAAAUAUAACAAAAUAAUUAUAAGACAUGAUUAAGUAUUUCUAGUUUAAAUUUGUGAAAAAUUAUAAUCCUAAUGUCUAAAGUAAAAACUAGUCAUCAGACCUUUAAAAGCAAAUGUGAUAUGUUCCUACUGAUAAAAAUUACUCCAACGUAAAAAGGGUAUUUUUAUUCUAAAAAGCAUGUAGUUAGUACUUAGCACUAAUAAGACGGAAUGGGUAUGUGUUGGUGCAAAAAGAAAAACGAGGAUCAAGAAUGUUAUGUUCCACAAGUAACGACUCAUCAAGAUGUGAAUAUAGUGCUUCCACCCCCUUCACCUACUUCUCAGAUUUUUUUUAAUCGUGCGUCCGUAACUAAGACGCUUGAUCCUGCCGUAGUUGAUCGUUUAGUACUAGAAACCCUUGGAGUCAUAGAAACUCUUGUGGAUAAUGAGCAAGAACCUCCAUCUUCAAUGCUACACCUUCAUAAUAUUGCAGACAAUGAAGAAGGAUGGAUACAAGUUGUAAAUUCAAUGAUAAAAGUCAUACCCUUGUCAGAUCCUCUUGGACCAUCUGUUAUAACAUUGCUGUUAGAUGAUUGUCCUUUACCAUCAAAAGAAUCAAUUAUUAAAGUGGUUACAAUGUUUUCUUUAUCCAGAGAGACUGCGUUAAAUGAAAGGAACAAUCCUACCCAGCAGAGAAAUACAUGUGUCGCUUUAGGCAGCAUAGCAGAGAAACUUGCAGGUCCCAGGAAUAUGGAAAUUUUAAAUGACAAUGUCAUAGAAUAUCUUUUAACAAAUUUAGAACCAGAAUGCAAUCCUAAUGUGAUUUUAUUUUCUUUGAUAGCAUUAGAAAAAUUUGCACAAUCUAAUCAAAAUAAAGUGACAAUUUUGAAUAAACUAAAGAAAAAACAUCUUUCUUCGAUUCUUACUUUAGAAAAAUGGAGACAUGAAAGUCAUUAUGUAAAAAGACAAGUUGGGUUUUGUGCUCAGUGGAUAUUAGAUAAUAUUUUUAUUACAGAAAAUAGGCCAUAUUCGUACCUCUUAGUUAAAAUGGAUCAUAUAAGAGCAAUGUUAAAUACAAGUGAUGUCAGUGAAUAUCUCAAAAUAUCGCCAGAUGGCUUGGAAGCAAGAUGUGAUGCAUACAGUUUUGAAAGUGUCAGGUGUACAGCACAGGCUGAUUCUGGCGUGUGGUACUAUGAAGUUUUGAUUAUCACUCCUGGGGUUAUGCAAAUUGGAUGGGCUACAAAAAAUAGCAACUUUCUAAAUCAUGAAGGAUAUGGUAUAGGAGAUGAUAGGUAUUCUUUAUCAUACGAUGGAUGUAGAAGACUAAUUUGGUAUAAUGCUAAAUCAGAUCCACAAAUACUACCAAGAUGGCAACCUGGAGAUAUAUUAGGUUGCUUAUUAGACUUAGACAAUCAACAAAUAGUUUUUUCUAUUAAUGGAAUAAGUUUAGCACCGAGUGUCCAUGUGUUUAGUAUGGCAAAAUCUGGAUUUUUUGCAGCCGCUUCUUUCAUGUCAUUUCAACAAUGUCGUUUUAAUUUUGGAUCGGAACCUUUUAAGUAUCCACCUCAUGUGUCAUAUAAUACAUUUAAUGCCAGUGGAACUUUAAAACAAGAGGAAAAAAUUGUUUUGCCAAGACACAUUUAUCUAAAUCAGUUAAGGCAACAAAAUAUUCAUGAAGAUAGUUGCACUUUAUGCUAUGAUCAAAGAGCAACUGUAAGAUUGAUUCCCUGUGAACAUUCAGGAUUUUGCGCGUCUUGUGCCAGCUUGUUAACGGAGUGUCCCAUGUGCCGAGCUCCAUUUCAGUUAGUCGUUGAAGAAAAUCCUGUAUUGUGACACAUAGUAUUUGAUAAACUUUCUAAUAGUUAUUGCUUUUUGUCCUUGUGUAUAUUAAUUGUAAUUAAAAUAUAAAUAGUUUUUAUAUAAAUGGGUUAAUUAUUAUAGUAACAGUCCUUUUUUAAAUCAGACGAAUUUUAAAUAUGUCUUGGUCUAGAGACUUUUUGUUUUUUAUGUGUGGGCGGGAUCUUGUUAUUAUAUAUUUAUAAUGAAAAAAUGUGUAGUUUUAUGCGUUUUACAUAAAAUUUGUAAUUUAAUUGUUACAACAUAUUUGUACAUAUUAGACUACUGACUAGCGAUGCGAUGAUAUUCUUUAUUUUCUAAUUUAUUUAACAAUUAAAAUAUUUGUGUUUUAAGUAAUUUAAUAUUUGUAAAUUUUAGAUUUAUUUGUUGAGAUAUGAUAUAUCAAUCUUAAGAAUUUAAAUUAUCCUAUUGAUUAUUUCUGACUAAUUAAAAAUUAAUACCUAUGUUGUGUUAUAUUUAUGUUUAUUAUGUUAUUUGUUGAAUACCUUUAAAUACGAAUAAUUACAAAAUGCAUUUAUCUUUUACUCUAGGAUAUAUUUAGUAUUAGUGUGUUAUACUUUUUUUUGAAAACCAAAUGUUUUCUGUAAUGCAAAAUAUAUUUUUAAUGUUAAUGUU